GUUGCCGUGAGUGGAGCACAGCUGAAGAACCAAGGCUUCUGUGUGUGCCCAGGCGACAGGGCAGCCAUGAUUCUGUCAUCCUUUAUUUUUUGUCUUCCACUACUGAAGAUAGCCAUGAUGUUCCUGUGCAUCUGACAUUCAUGGUUCCCUGGCUCUUACCCGGAGCACAGCCAGCUUCCCCUAUACACUGUCAUGGACCCAUGGAUUCCUAACAGUGACAAUGAUCUCCUUUUCAGACAGCACCUUCCAGUCUGUUCUCUGCUGCUGCUGCUGCUCUGUGCAGAAGAGACAAGUGAGAACACAGAUAAGUCUGAGCAAAAAUGAAGAACCUUCAGAAAAUUAUUCCCAGCAUCGCAGGCCCUGGCUUGACAAACUGAAGAGCAAGAAACAAUCCAACAGAGGCGGGGCACAACCCUCAAAACGCAAGCCGCUGCCUCCUCUCCCGCUCGCCCAGCUUGCUGAAGAGAGGAUCCAGGUCAAGGCCCUUUAUGACUUCCUGCCCCGGGAGCCCUGUAAUUUGGCACUGAAGAGAGCAGAGGAAUACCUGAUAUUGGAGAGGUGUGACCCUCACUGGUGGAAGGCCAGAGACCGUCUGGGGAAUGAAGGCUUAAUCCCAAGCAACUACGUGACCGAAAAUAGAGUCACCAAUUUAGAAAUAUAUGAAUGGUACCAUAAGAACAUUACUAGAAACCAGACAGAACGCCUAUUGAGACAAGAGGCUAAAGAAGGUGCAUUUAUUGUGAGGGAUUCGAGACAUUUGGGGUCUUACACAAUUUCUGUGUUUACAAGAGCUGGAAGAGGUACACAGUCUUCAAUAAAACAUUAUCAGAUUAAAAAGAAUGACUCAGGACAAUGGUAUGUCGCUGAAAGACACCUCUUUUCCUCGGUUCCCGAGCUGAUCCAGUAUCACCAGUACAAUGCAGCUGGUCUCAUGUCUCGUCUCCGAUACCCAGUUGGGCUUCUGGGCAGCUGCUUACCAGCCACCGCUGGUUUUAGCUAUGAGAAGUGGGAGAUAGACCCGUCUGAGUUGGCUUUUGUCAAGGAGAUUGGAAGUGGUCAGUUUGGGGUGGUCCACUUAGGAGAAUGGAGAGCCCAUGUCCGGGUCGCCAUCAAGGCCAUCAAUGAAGGUUUCAUGUCUGAAGAGGAUUUCAUUGAAGAAGCCAAAGUGAUGAUGAAGCUGUCCCACUCGAGGCUGGUCCAGCUUUAUGGGGUGUGCAUACAGCAGAAGCCCCUCUACAUAGUGACAGAGUUCAUGGAAAACGGCUGCCUGCUUAACUACCUGAGAGAGAGAAAAGGCAAGCUGCAGAAGCCGCUGCUCUUAAGUGUGUGCCAGGACAUAUGUGAAGGGAUGGAGUACCUGGAGAGGAACUGCUACAUUCACAGGGAUCUGGCGGCACGGAACUGUUUGGUCAGCUCUACCUGUGUGAUAAAGAUCUCAGACUUUGGGAUGACGAGGUACGUUUUGGAUGAUGAAUACAUCAGUUCCUCAGGAGCUAAGUUCCCAGUCAAGUGGUCCCCACCUGAAGUGUUUCAUUUUAACAAGUACAGUAGCAAAUCCGAUGUCUGGUCAUUUGGAGUUCUAAUGUGGGAAGUUUUUACAGAAGGAAAAAUGCCUUUUGAAAAUAAGUCCAACCUGCAAGUGGUGGAAGCCAUUUCUAACGGGUUCCGCCUGUAUCGCCCUCACCUGGCCCCCACGUCCAUAUAUGGCAUUAUGUACAGUUGCUGGCAUGAGAACCCCAAAGGUCGCCCGACGUUUGCCCAACUGCUUCAGGUUCUCACAGAGAUUGCUGAAACCUGGUGACCUGAAACGGAAUGCCAGCCCACAGGGUCGUCUUGCGAAACUGUCACAAGGUGAAAUCAUGGACAUUGCUGAUGGCGAAUAUCUUCCAUUAGGGUUGUUGACUCUUGGCAACAGAGCAAAGGUCACAGGCUUUUCACAGUGAUU